GUCAACAUGGUUCGCAUCCCUAGACGCACUCAUAGCGUCUCUGGCCCGCCUUCCGUGCACGCACUACUAACAGAUGUUGCUUGCUGUUGUAAUGUCGCUAAGCGAUUCCAUAUGUCAAUGAUGGCUCUCCGACGGAAUCCCUACAGGAAGUGCAAAGGAGACGACGCCACCAUUAUAGCAACACAGAAGCGUGCGAACGAGUGGGGAUACAAUCACGUGGACAAGGUUGAGCAACCCGCCCCCAAUAGAGUAUCUGUAAUGUCACUUCUCAACGAAGAGACGGCGAGAGAUGGUGUCAAGGAUGUCCAUUGCAUGGCGCAAUACAGGAAACUCCAGCGCAAACCCUCGAGACAGGUUGGCGACAGAUCGACGGACCCGUUUCCUUUACUUCACCUACCACGAGAGCUCCGGAAUCACGUCUAUUCAUAUCUAGUCGUCCAGCGCGGGCGCCGUAUUCCAAUGUUGGAAGCGAAAUCAAUUCUCCGGGAGCAAAAGAAACGUAAUACAGCUCAGCGAAACCGGGAACGCCAGAACCUCAAACGUAUUCAAAGUGGACGCCGACCCAUUGUUUCCAAAGAGACUUCGUUGGCACCCAUCAUCGACCUUAAUAUCAGCCAAGCAUCCAAAUUCCUCCACUGGGAGUCCAGUGAAUACUUCUAUCAGAGUAACUGGUUUGCCAUCUCCAUGGACAAUUUGCCAUUGACCACCAUCGAGACUCCCUCGGGGUGGGAUUACAGUCGAAUCACCCGACUGCAGCUUGAAUUGCAACUCAAGGACGCGCAACGAAUGAACAGUUAUACCGACUGGGCUUCAUUUUUCGCCAUGUUCCCGAACUUGCGCUUUUUACGAAUCAUACCUUCCUUCCACUCGCGAUACUACGACUGGGCAAUCUCCGAAUUGAACGAAUGGCACAGCGCACACUUCAUCUUCCGUGCUUUCUUCUCCUUGCUACUAGCCUCGAUUCCCGAGCAUCUCAACCUGAAAUUAGGGUUCUCCGUAAAUCCUUGCGAGGACAUGCACCUAGAGGGCAAAAUGGCAGUCAGCAAAAGCCUCCUGUGGGACAUGUAUGCGGAACUAGGAACGAGGCAGGAUAGCAAUGGCCAGAAGCUAUUCGUAAACCAGGUCAUCGACUGCGGACAGUCGUUUGAGAAGCCUAUUGGUAUAAUUGGGCGCUGCACACGCUUAUGAAUGCGAACUAGUACACAACUAAUGUCUUAAUGUAAAAUUUCUACGGUCUUAAUAUGUAUAUUACUUCCUAGUCAUCUGAAAAUGCCCUCUCAAGCUUUUCUGCAAGUGUUCAUUCACUUGGGGAGAGAUCAAAGCCCGUUCACACUGGCUGAUGGAAUCAACGGAGAAUGAAACCCGACAUCGGACUUUCUGAAAUUCUUCCCUCGGCGCGUCUAUAAAACCAUUGCAUUAUGCAUACUCUUAACGUUUCCAACUUCUUAAAACCAAACAAAUACUUAGCAUAACAUAUAUUAAUAUAAGUAUGCUAAGUGUCAGUAAGCAGGUUUCGUAAGUGGGCUCAGCGAAAUCUCGCCAGGAGACGGUGUACAUGAAACUGUUAGGUCUUGCAUUAUAUAGUCAUGAGACCUGUGGGUGCACAUUGUAACGGUCUCUACUGUAGACGUUCCGAUAUCAAAAGAUUUAUAAUUAGGAACUUGGAGCAAUCCCGGGCCUGUGGCACGAACGCUUAAGCUUAAGUGGGAGCUAAGCUGUAGGAGAGGUGGUGUCGAUGCGGUGUGACAGUUUUGGAGAUCCUUGCG